AUGACACAGGAGCAGUUUUACUGGUCUCCACUGGAGGUCUCUGUGUAUGCUGCAGAUUUGUUGGACGAUGCUUUGUGUCAGGGUCAGGACCUUCAGAGCAAUCGCGCUCUGCAAGCUCUCGUCGCGGGACUCAAAGCCUACAGCACGUGGGAGAACGUCGCGUGUCUGCAAGACUGCCGAGAGUGUACUGGAGGCAUGGGCUUUAUGAUGGAAAACCGUAUUCCAUCUCUGAAGUGUGACUCCGACGUCUUUGUCACAUUCGAGGGCGACAACAUGGUCAUGCUUCAGCUGCUGACCCAAUACACCAAACUGAUGGGGAACAACUUCCUGAUGGGACUGAUCAGAAACUGGACCAGCUCAGUGUCAGACAGCCUUAGAACCAGCUUUCUUGGCUUCAGCGCGGAUAAAGUAGGAGACCUAAUGUUCCUGCUGAAAGCGGUGAGCUACAGGGAAAGGUUAUUACAGCGCAGCUUGGCAAGUCGGCUUUACAAUAAGUUCUGCCUACUUCACGGCACUAGUCUGGUGUAUCAGGAGAGAGCCUGGUAUCUGGAGCACAACUACCUGACCCCCAACACCAGCCGACAGAUCCGCAGCCAGCUUUUGGAGCUGUGCAGAUCGGUGAAGGACGAGGCGCUGAAGGUGGUCGACGACUUCAACAUCCCGCCCUGCUGCAUCCAGGCUCCUAUCGCCGGAGUCUCCAAUCCCAGAGCCGAAUGGGCCUUCUAUCCGCAGCCACAGUAUCCCGGCAGCACCCAGCCAAAGUCUAAGCUCUGAAAGAGAGAAUGAACGGGGCUUUACGAGGUUGAGGAAGAGCGAUGAAGGGAUGUCAGGUUGCUGGAUGUUCUUUCACUUCGGGAGGGAUUAAUGCACUUACGAACGCAUAUUGAUGCUUUAUGAUUAAGCGUCACGCUUUGUGCCGAAAGAAAUGGUGACUUGCUGCUAAUGGCCAAGGCCUUAAAAAAAUAAAUACACUAUAGGCAUGACUUUUUCUUGUUCACUCUUAAAAAUAAAGGUUCCAAUGGGAACACUGCCACAGAAGAAUCAUUUUGGGUUCCAUAAAGACGUUUUCGAUGAACGGUUCUAUAAAAGAACUAUUUGUUGGAGUAAAGAACAUCUAAAAGAACCUUAUUUAACAUUCAAAGAAUGGAUGUCAAAAGAUUCUUUAUGGAACCACAGAUGCCAAUAAAAGAACAUUUCAUUGAACAUUUUUAAUAAAUCUUCUUCCUGAGUGUGAAAAACAUCUGAAGAACCUUUCGUCCAAUUGAUAAGUUCAAUGGAUGUUAAUGGAUGUCUUCGGUGCCAAUUAAGAACCUUUAUUUUAAGAGUGUGUGUGUGUGAAGAAGGGAACUUCAGUUAUACAAGUUGAAGUUCGUGUCUGUGAUACAGGUUAAAAGUUUUUAAGUGAUUUUAGCUGAGAUGAUUUCGAAUAAAGCAGCCGUACCGGAAUCAAAAUUCUAUAAACGCACCAAAUAUCUUGCACUUACAGAGGUAACAGCAUAAAGGACAGGCCAUUUUUGGUGAAAUAAAUCAAAUGAGUCAUCGUGGGACCCAGAUAUCUAAUAUUUAUGUAAUUGCACAUGCAUUGUGUAACAGUAACCACAAUAACAUGUUGGACGGAUAAUUUUUUUAUUUCUAAUGCCAUUAUCAACUGCCAUACAUUUACAUUUUGAGCCAAAUAAAGUUAAAAAUCUGCUCUAUGCCCAUUUAUGCUUUUGUCAUACACUAAGUUUGAACCAAACUACCAACUACCCUAUUUAAAGUUUCAAUUGUUUCUUUUUUUUUUACUAAUGUCUGCAAACUGAAUUGCAUAACACUGUGCAAAUGAAUUAUUGCAUCCCCUGAUAUUUCUGCACUUGUCCAUGCAAACUAAGGGAAUUAUUUUCCUUAUCGUCUUUGUGUUUAAUGCUUAAUUUAAACAAUAUCGUAAUAAAAUGUGCACCAAAUA